GCAAAACAUUGAUAUUCGAUCGACCGCGGCCUCCGCGGUCAAUGCAUCUGCCCACCCGAUCGUCGCCGCCCAGCCUCUACUCCCCUCGCCAUGGCCUCCCAUCCGUAUUAUCCCCAGAGCCUGAUCAUCAGCCACUAUGCUGCCUACCCCUAUGAUCUCACCCAGCUCCUGACUGUCUUCUUUGGCGUCGUUGCCAUCGUCCUGGUUGCCUCAAUCGUCAUCAUCUCAAUCGCCCGCCCCACCUCCAACCUGGGCUACCGUCUGGCCUUUGUCUGGUUUGUUGGCACGGCCAGCGUCCAUCUGUUUGUGGAAGGCUAUGUGGCCUACUUCCAUAAGGACAUUGCUGGAAUGGACACUUUUAUGGCAAAUAUCUGGAAAGAAUAUGCCCUCUCCGACUCGCGAUACUUGGUCUCUGAUCCGUUCGUCAUCAUCAUGGAAACGAUUACUGCGUUCGCCUGGGGUCCCCUUUGCUACGUCAUUGCUUUCCUCUACCUGAUCCGCUCGCCUCUGCGCCAUCCCCUGCUCAUCCUCGUCGGCACCGGCCAAGUCUACGGCGACGUUCUGUACUACUGGACCACCUUCUUCGAGGGCAAGGGCAGCGCCCUUAGCUGCCACCCACAUCCGUACUACUUUUGGUUCUACUUUGUGUUCCUCAACAGCAUCUGGAUCGUAGUGCCCUCGAUUCUGAUCGCCAACAGCUUCCGGGUCAUUGUCUCGGGCCUGUCGCAGAUCGAUGCUGCUGAUAAAAAGAAGAAGAGCAAGUAAAGGCCGUGACUGAGGGUGCCAAUUCUUGCGACCUGGAUGAGGCAGGGCGAGCUGGCGCGAGCAAGCACUGGGCUCGGGGCACCUGUCCAACUCUCUCUCUCGCCAGACACGACUGGCCGACCGGGCUGAAUCCGAAUCGCACACCCCCAGACGCUGCGAGAGCCCCCUGAUGUCCAUGCUCUCGGUGCGAUAUUUCUUGGUAGACAAUAUACUACGCCCGACACACAACAGGACACGCCGUUUGAGUCAGA